UUUUUUUCUAUGUACCCAUAUGUGUACCAUAUUGUGUUGUGGUACCACUGUGUGGUAAGGUGUGGUACCUAAGUGUGGUACCAUCAAAUCAAAGAGAAGUAGGUACUGCACCUUGCAUCUAAUCAUAGAACAACGCAUACUCGGGUUUCCAAAGACUACUCUCGCUCAAUCCAUCAAAUUGAUGUCUGUCAUUUUCAAUUUCUAUUUGUUAUGAAUUUUCGUGACCACAAUAAAUUAUUCGAGGCUUUAUCCACUUGCAAUGUCUGACGACGACGACGAAUACCAAGUCCAGAACAUACAUCGAUACGUUCGAAAAUCAUACAAGAAAAAUAACAAAAGGGAGAACGAGAUGGAUUGUUUCAAGCAGGACUUGUUUAGUGGCCAGUCUGGGGGCUGCUGUGAUGCUAAGUUGAAUGACCCUUCGAAGAGCCCUAGGGUUCUAUUGGACGAGGAGUCAGACCUGCGCGGUGCAAAGCCGCGGCCUCCUCAGGGCUGCAGUUGCUAUCGGGGCCCGGAGACUGACGGCGAAAUCAUCAACAUCCUUCACAAAAAGUGUCCCGUGAUCAACUUGGCACAACAACAGCUAGUGAGGAUUAUCAACGAAACUGAACACCUGCUGUCGGACAGUCAAACUAAAUCAAUUUACAAUUUCCUAUGCAAAUGCAAGGAGGUCCUGAGAGAUGGCAACCCGAAGAUGCAGGUCACUCUGCUCGUCCUCAUAGUUCUGGCAUUCCUUGCUGGUGUUUUCUUCGGAGCGGCCACAUGCAGCUCAUUCCCUGGCCGCUUUGAUAGCCCCAUCCUCGUUUGCGUCGAAAGUUACUUGAAUCGCAAGUAUCGCGACGAGUUUCGUAGCAUAACUUAAGAUUGUGUGAGCCUGGAAUUCUUGUUACUUCUAAGCCCUUUUACGAAUGUAAAUAUAAUUUAUUAUUUGACUGAG